CUCUCUCUUCAGUCCGGUCGCUGCGUGUCUCCUGAGCAGACAUUAGACCGUCUCCUCGGUUCUCCGGUGUUUAUUCGUGAGAAGCGGCUCGUGAUGCGCGGUUUAUCGGUUCUUCAGCUGCUGCUCGUGACGCUGAGCGCGAGAGAAGCGCGGGAGAUCGGUGGCGGGAAUCUCCUGGAAGACGAGCAGCAGUGGCUCUCAACGGUCCACCGCUACAGCCGCACCGUCCAACACUGGAACCGCUUCAGAGACGAUGACUACAUCCGUACACUUGAAGGUCCACGGGCUUCAGAUGAAAGUCUGGACACCACCAAGGAUCCGUGUCAGAAGGUGAAGUGCAGUCGUCACAAGGUGUGUGUGGCUCAGGGCGAUCAGAGAGCGAUGUGUGUGACCCGCAGGAAGCUCCAGCACCGAACCAAAGAGUCUGGACUGAAGCCUCACGCUAACAGCUGUAACCUCUGUUCAGAAAUGACCUCUACACCUGUGUGUGGAUCAGACGGACACAACUACAACUCACAGUGUAAGCUGGAGCAGCAGGCGUGUUUGUCGGGGAAGGAUCUGUCUGUUCUGUGUUCUGGUUCAUGUCCUUGUAUCAGUGCUGGACGUCCUAAAGCAGAACCCAAGAUCAAGAUGAAUCCAGAGACGUCACCUGAAGCCAAACCAGAGCUCUGCACCGGUCAGGAUUUGGCAGAUUUGGGCGACAGACUCCGAGACUGGUUUCAGCUUCUCCAUGGAAAUGCAAAACAGAACAACUCUGGAAGACAAAGAACAGCAUCAGUGUUUGACCGGGGGCUCGUGGCCGGCUGUAAGGACUCCAUCGGCUGGAUGUUCUCCAAGCUGGACACCAGUAAUGACCUGUUCCUGGAUCAGUCCGAGCUGGCCGCUAUAAACCUGGAGAAGUAUGAAGUGUGCAUCAAGCCCUUCUUUAACUCGUGCGACUCGUAUCGUGACGGGAAGGUGUCCACGGCAGAAUGGUGUCUGUGCUUCUGGAGAGAGAAACCUCCAUGUUUGGCUGAAAUCGAGAGGAUUCAGAUACAAGAGCCGUCCGAGAGGAAACCGGGCAUGUACAUCCCCAGCUGUGAUGAGGACGGUUAUUACCAGAAGCUGCAGUGUGACCACAGCCGUGAUGAGUGUUGGUGUGUCGACCCUCACGGAGCCGAGGCCCCGGGCUCCCGAAUCCACGGACACCCCGACUGUGACGAGCUGCUCAGCUCUGGAGAUUUCAGCAGCGGCGUCGGCUGGGAGGACGAGGAGGACGAGGAGGAGAAAGACGUGGAUGAGAACGCAGAGGAAGAGGAGGAUGAAGAGGAGUCUGACGACGGCGGAUACAUCUGGUGAAACAUCUCCAGCGUCUGCUGACCGCUGCACCUGAUCUACUUCUGCUUCCUGAAGCAUCCCACCAGCACGAGUCUGCAUUUCACUGUUGUUCAUUUCUGUCAUCGCUUUAACGGAUGCACGAAAGACUCAAACUCUGCGAAGCCUGGAGACGGAUGCGUCGUCAUUAACAGGGUAUUAGGGUUUAUCUGAGGGGAUUUAUGCAACAGAACUUGGUUUCUGAACCUCUGGAGAUCAGGUUUACACUCACUGUACAGACCUUCAUCUGUGUGAACGUGACUAUCAUCAUGAGUCUCAGCUUCUGGCUCUCUAGAAACCAUGUUCUUAUGCACUAAUAAUGCAUAUUCCCUACAUUAAUGCUCCGACACGGUAUACAUAUACACAUUUAUGAUGCUUGCUUUCUGGAGCAGCUAAAAAAAAUAAUCUCAAAAUCUAAAAAAAUUCAUUCACACAUACAUUUUUUUUUAAAAUUGCAAAUCACAUUUUGUGAUUAUAACUAAAGUUACGAAAUGAUCAAUUGUAAAUAUAUCAACUUUUUGUGAGUGUGAAUUAGCUUAAGUAUUAGUUUAUUACAAUAUAUGAGUAAUGUAUUUAAUAUUUAAUUAGAAUAUAUUUGCAAACAUAAAUCGAUGAGCUCAUAAUCUAAUUCAUAUUCACAAAAUAUGAUUAGCAAAUACACAAACUGACAUCCACAUGCACAAAAAUGUGAAUUUGCUUGCAGAAAUGUGCAAAGAUACUGUAUUAUAUAUAUAUUUGCAAACAUAAACUUCUCAAAUUAUAUUCAGAAAAUAUGCAUUGCACAAUUAAAAUUCAGUAAAUGCAAACUUCAUAGAUACAAUAUUAUGUUCACGCCUUCCUGAAACCAAUCGACUUCUUUGUGAAUUAGCUUGCAGUUAAGUUUCUUAUAAUGUUUAUAUAUUUAAUUUAUAUGCAAAGUAUUUAUAAGUGUUUAUUUUAAAUAUAAACAUUUGCAUAUACUUCUAAUUUAUAAGUAUGUAUUAAUUAUAUUAUAAUUUUAGUAACUUUUAUUAUAAGUAUAUAAUGGCAAAGAGAAAAAGACAAAACUCAAUGAUUUUUCAUAUGCACAAAAUAUGAUUUUUAAAUUCAAAACUUAUUUAUAAACACAAGUAUGUUUCUGUCUUUUCUUAUGUUCACAAAAAAUAUGAUUUUCACAUGAUUUUUUCACUAAUAUUUGGUAAAUGCAUUCAUUUUGAGACUAUUUUAGCUCGAUUUGCUUUGGCGAUAAAAACAUUUGAAAAAGAAUCAAUGUAGCAAACACAAACAUGGAGCGAAACAUCAAAGUCAAAUGACUGAUAUGUAAUUAACUUAAUUAUGACUGACAGCUGAAACACUUUGAUUUCACACUCGUCUCUGAAUCAGGAGUGACUCCGGUUUCUUGAAUCUGUCUCUGAUUCACAUCAGGUUGUGUCUUAAAUGAAGCCUGUGGGAUGUCAAAGGUCAUUUUUGCUGAAACAGAACAUGAAACGUUAACUUGAUAAUGUUCUGGGCUUUAUUUUUCAUAUAUUGCAUGAUCGUUCACAUCAGAAAGCUCUUUUAUUGGCUCUUUCUGUAGAAUAGCAGUCAACGCGUGAUGUCUGAUGUGGAGAAGCUCGGCUCCUCGAAAUCUGUGAAAUAAAAUGUUGUAAAUAA